AUGACUAAGAUAAAUCCUACCGAAUUUCCCGCCCAAGCUCCCGCGUACUACAUUCCACACCGUGCCGUGAUCCGUAAACAUAGCAAUACAACCCGACUUCGUGUUGUGUUUAACGCGUCGUGCAACACCGCCACCGGCAAAUCAUUAAAUAGCGCUCUUCAUGUAGGAGCAAAAUUGCAAACCGAUCUAGUAGCGGUCGUCCUCCAAUGGCGACAACCUCGAUUUGCACUAUCAGCGGACAUCGCCAAAAUGUAUAGGCAGAUUUUAGUACACCCUCUCGAUACGAAGUAUCAAUGCCUCUUAUGGCGAUCGUCUCCGACGGCUCAGGUCGACGAAUACCGACUUCUUACCGUCACUUACGGCACCGCCGCUGCCCCAUUCUUGGCCUUGCGAGUCUUACGGCAAUUAGCCGAGGACGAAGGCUCACAGUUUCCGCUCGCGGUAAUGGUUCUAUUACAGCAAACGUACGUCGACGACUGUACUUUCGGCGCCGACGACCUUGAAACUGCCAAACAAACACGAGAUCAGUUAAUUUCGUUGCUAUCUCAAGGCUGUUUUCGUUUGUGUAAGUGGGCGAGCAAUUGCCCUACGCUCCUUGAAGAUCUCGAUCCUUCCGACCAUGGACUCGCAACCAACAAAGAUUUGCACGAUCACGAUUCCAUUAAAAUUCUCGGAGUUACCUGGAAACCGGAACACGAUAUCUUCACCUUUCAAGUUUCGAAUUUAAUAACAGUCGCGAAAACUAAGCGCGGAAUAUUAUCAGUCAUCGCGCAACUCUUCGACCCACUCGGGUGGGUAGCUCCCGUUAUCGUAACCGCGAAAAUUUUCCUGCAGCAUCUCUGGUUGACGAAGUCUGAUUGGGAUGACGAGCUUCCCGCCGAGAUGUUGCGCGAAUGGGAAACAUUUCAAUUGACGUUGCUUCUCCUUGAGCAGUUAACUAUUCCGCGCUGGACGCAGUAUCAUCCGAACAACAGAAUUGAAUUACACGGAUUCGCAGACGCCUCCACGCGAGCGUAUGCGGCAGCGCUUUACCUCCGUGUCAUUUCGGGCGACGGUUGCAUUACCAAUACUCUGAUCCUCGCUAAGUCUAAAGUCGCGCCGCUCAAAACCAUUAGCGUCCCGCGUUUGGAGCUUUGCGCUGCGCUCCUACUAGCACAACUCAUAGAUUUCGCUCGUUCUGCUCUUCACCUUCCCGAUAUCGAUUAUUGGUGUUGGAGCGUUUCCAUGGUCGUCCUCGCUUGGAUACGUCAAAGUCCCUCGCGGUGGAAGACGUUUGUCGCAAAUAGAGUCUCAAAAAUGCAACAGCUUCUUCCCAAUGGAAAAUGGAAUCACGUGCCCACGCACGACAACCCCGCAGAUUGCGCAUCUCGCGGUACCGACCCUGCCUCUCUUAUUAAUCACCAACUUUGGUGGCACGGCCCACCAUGGUUAUCACAUUCGUUCAAUCAAUGGUCAGUCAUAUCCGACAUCCCGGCAACGCAUAGUGAAUUACGCGAUUCAAAAGCUUGCGCGACAUGCUCG